AGAAGCUGGCUCCAUUUUGCACGUGGCAUUUUGCUCGACUUCAUCCCUUCUCAAGAUGCAUAAAGCGCUUCUGGGAGGUCCUGAGAUCUACAAGGAAGGUGCCGGCGAAGACAAAGGCGAACUCGCACGGCUGCAGGCCUUCAUUGGAGCCAUUGCCAUUGGCGACUUGGUGAAGUCAACCUUGGGACCGAAAGGCAUGGACAAGAUCCUGCAACCCGCUGGCGGGGGCGGUCCUACUUCAAAUGCCACGGUGACCAACGAUGGAGCGACGAUCCUGAAAUCUGUGUGGAUCGACAACCCUGCUGCCAGGAUUUUGGUCGACAUUUCCAAGACACAGGAUCAGGAGUGUGGUGAUGGCACGACCUCUGUGGUGGUGUUGGCUGCAGAGAUGCUGCGAAACGCGCAGACUCUCGUAGAGCAGAAAAUGCAUCCACAGGUCAUCAUUCGGGGCUACCGCUUUGCCUUGGCUGCUGCACGGGCGCAGCUCGAGGCUUUGGCCAUGGACAAUGGAAAGGAUCCAGCGAAGUUCCGAGAGGACUUGCUGCGUAUUGCACGAACCACCUUGAGCUCCAAAUUGUUGCAGCAUGAGAAAGACCACUUUGCGACGCUCGCGGUAGAUGCAGUGCUGCGGUUGGGUGGCAAGCCGAAUUUGGACUACAUCCAGGUGCUCAAGAAAGCUGGCGGUUCCUUGAAAGAUUCCUUCCUGGAGGAGGGCUUCAUCCUUGAAAAGAGGAUCGGUGUAGGUCACAAGAAGGUUUUGGAGGACUGCAAGGUUCUGGUGGCGAACUGCCAGAUGGACACGGACAAGAUCAAAAUCUAUGGAGCUCGCGUCAAGGUAGAUUCUUUGGAGGCCGUAGCAGAAAUCGAACAGGCUGAGAAGGACAAGAUGAAAAAGAAGAUCGAGAAGAUCGUGGAUCACAAGUGCAACGUCUUCAUCAACCGACAGCUGAUCUACAACUACCCAGAUCAGCUCCUCAAGGAAGCUGGCGUCAUGGCGAUUGAGCACUCCGACUUUGAUGGUAGCGAACGCCUUGCUGCAGUGUUGGGUGCUGACAUCGCGUCGACCUUCGAAAACCCUGAGAUGACGGUCCUUGGGAGCUGCAAACGCAUCGAAGAGAUCAUGAUCGGUGAAGACAAGGUCAUCAAGUUUUCUGGAUGCUCCAAGGGAGAAGCCUGUACCAUCGUGCUCCGGGGAAGCUCGCAGCAUGUCCUGGAUGAGGCCGAGCGAUCCUUGCAUGAUGCACUGGCAGUGCUGUACCAGACCGUCCAGGAAACCCGAGUUGUCUGGGGCGGAGGGUCCAUGGAGAUGGCCAUGGCCCAAGCAGUUCAGCAGAAGCUGACUGAGGUGGGCGGAAAGGAGAGUGUGGCCAUGGAGUCCUUUGGGAAGGCUCUCAUGCAAAUUCCAGUCAUUCUUGCUGACAAUGCGGGUUUGGACUCCGCUGAGCUGGUGGGGCAGCUGCGAGCAGCACAUGCCAAGGGACAGAACUCUUUUGGUUUGGAGUUCAACAAUGGCACGAUUGCUGACAUGUCGCAGUUGGGGAUCAUGGAGUCUUUCCGCAGCAAGAUGUCGCAACUUUGUUCAGCAGCAGAGGCGGCCGAGAUGAUCAUCCGAGUGGAUGACAUCAUCAAGAAUGCACCCCGUCAGCGAGAUGGCUGAAACGGCACAAAUGCUGCCGCCUGCACAGACCCAAAA